GUCAUGGCAAGCCCAAAGCGUAAGGCUAGUGUUUUGGAUGAUGAAGAAGAACGAGAGCAUUUCGUCCGUAUAAUCAAUGCAUUCAAAUACUACAGAUGCCACUCUGUCCAGAGAGUUUCUCGUGCAGAUCAGUUCUACAGCCACUUGUCCAAGCACCACAAACAGCUUAUGCCAAAUUUUUCAAAGCAUCUUGGAAGCAUACGGCAGUGUAUCAACCACAAUUAUGAGAUCAUCAAGCUCAUUAUCAAGAAUACAGAUCAUAUCUUUGAAAAUAUGAAACAUAGAGGAGAUGACGAUGAUGACUUUGUUGGAGAUAGUUUAGAAGCAGUGACACGGCCUGCAAGUGGUUUUGACAUGGAUAAACUGAAGACCACGUUGAAGCAAAUAGUGCGAGAUUGGAGUAUUGAUGGAGCAGAAGAGCGUCAGACAUGUUAUCAACCAGUUGUAGAUGCAAUCAAACAGUAUGUUCCCCUGAAUAAGGACAAAGAUUCCAACCGUCCUCCAACAGUAUUAGUCCCAGGAGCAGGAUUAGGGAGACUAGCAUAUGAGAUUGCCUUGUGUGGCUAUGUCUGCCAGGGCAAUGAGUUCAGUCUUUUCAUGCUGUUCACAUCAAACUUUAUCCUUAACAGUUGCAAUGACACAGACUGCUUUACACUUUACCCUUGGGUUCACCAAUGGUGUAACAAUAAAAAGUCAGCUGACCAAACUAGACCAAUCACAUUCCCAGAUGUGAAUCCUGCAGCAAUUGCACCUGGCAGUGAUUUCACCAUGGCUGCUGGAGACUUCUUGGAGGUCUACAAUGAGAAAGAGCACUGGGACUGUGUGGCUACUGUGUUCUUCAUUGAUACUGCCCACAAUGUCAUUACCUAUCUGGAGAGGAUAUGGCACAUAUUGAAGCCUGGUGGAGUAUGGAUAAAUCUAGGUCCAUUGCUGUACCACUUUGCUGACUUGACUAAUGAGGAAUCCAUUGAGUUGAGUUAUGAAGACCUGAAGCAUGUCAUAGAGAAAAUAGGAUUCAAGUAUCUGAAAGAAGACACAAAUGUUGCAUCAACUUACACACAGAAUCCAAGGUCAAUGUUGAAGUAUGAGUACGAGAGUGUCUUCUUUGUCGUCCAAAAACCAAUGCCAAUUAUUGAAUCAACAAGGUGACACGGAUCGAAUUGGAGAGAUCUGCUGUCAAUUGUGUUACCUAGUGUCUUUCUAACCUUAAAGAUGGCGUGUUCAUCGUUGGUAAUUUGCCAAGUCUUGAUGGAGUUGAUAACAUGAAAAUACCACAAAAGAUGUUAAGAAUUACAACCUGUGACUAUCAUUGUUAAUAUAUUUUAGAAAAUAUUUUAUCGUGAGCUGAGUGUAAGCUUAAGAUGAAAAAGAUAAGUUCUCGAUCUGGAAUGAAUACCCUAUUGGAUAGAAACACACAGACUUUGGAUCUCUUAUUUAGAUUCAGUAAACAAAUAGACAUUGAAGCUCACGUUAAAUUGGAUGAAGCAAGCAGACGAUGAAGCUCUCUUUAGAUUCGAUGAAACAUUCGGACAUUUGAAUUUGAUUGAGAUGUGAACAGACAGAGAUUGAUAACUUAAGUUCUUAAUGAAGAUAGCAGUGCUCACCAUAAAUAAAUGACACCUGGAUUUGCUGAAGUGAGGAUUUUCCCAUGUUAAAAAGAAG